GCGGUGCGGGAGCGACGCUGCGGCGGGGCCGCGCCUGCCAGCGGCGGGGAGGCAGCGCCGCCGCUCCCGCUCCUCUCCCGCUGGCGCUCCGCAACUUUCGGGCAAGACCGCCCCCUUCGCCCUCGUCUACCCGCCGGAGGCUGUGUAAAGAGCAAAGUGAGUAGCUGCACCUUUACCAAAGCAACCACCUGCGUUCCUCCUCUCCUCUGGAAUGGACAAUGGGAUGGUCUCUGACUUUAUCAUGAUCAAAAACUUCUUCCUCUUCUGCGUUUCCAUGAGUUUAGCUAGCCACUUUGGCUUCUCGCAAACACCAACAACAUCAGGAAAAGAGGACACCAAUGAUAACAUCACGAUAUUCACUAGGAUCUUGGAUGGUCUGCUGGACGGCUAUGACAACCGACUGCGCCCAGGACUGGGAGAGAGAAUUACUCAGGUGAAAACAGACAUCUAUGUUACAAGUUUUGGUCCUGUGUCAGACACAGAAAUGGAGUACACCAUUGAUGUCUUUUUCCGACAAAGCUGGAAAGACGAAAGGCUGCGAUUCAAAGGACCUAUGCAACGCCUCCCUCUUAACAACCUUCUCGCCAGCAAGAUUUGGACCCCAGACACUUUUUUCCACAAUGGCAAGAAGUCUAUUGCUCACAACAUGACAACCCCAAACAAACUGCUGCGUCUGGAGGAUGACGGCACUCUGCUGUACACCAUGAGACUGACCAUCUCUGCUGAAUGUCCCAUGCAGCUUGAAGACUUCCCCAUGGAUGCUCAUGCUUGCCCAUUAAAAUUUGGAAGCUAUGCUUAUCCCAAUUCUGAAGUGAUCUAUGUGUGGACUAAUAGCACCACAACAUCUGUGGUGGUGGCUGAAGAUGGCUCACGACUUAACCAGUAUCACCUGAUGGGACAAACUGUAGGAACCGAAAACAUCAGUACCAGCACAGGUGAAUAUACUAUUAUGACAGCCCAUUUUCAUCUGAAAAGAAAAAUUGGUUAUUUUGUCAUCCAAACGUACCUUCCUUGCAUCAUGACUGUGAUCUUAUCGCAAGUGUCAUUUUGGCUAAACAGAGAAUCUGUUCCUGCUAGGACUGUCUUUGGAGUAACAACAGUCCUCACCAUGACCACCUUAAGUAUCAGUGCCCGCAACUCUUUGCCAAAAGUGGCCUAUGCUACUGCAAUGGACUGGUUCAUAGCUGUCUGCUAUGCCUUUGUAUUUUCUGCAUUGAUUGAAUUUGCAACAGUCAACUAUUUCACCAAGAGGAGCUGGGCAUGGGAUGGCAAAAAAGCCCAGGAAGCAGCUAAAAUCAAGAAAAAAGAGCGUGCAUUGCUGGCAAAUAAAUCUACUAAUACUUACAGCACUGGGAAGUUGACCCCCGCACCAAACAUGCCAAAGGACUCGGCACCAUCUGUCAUCUCAAACACUGCACCUGCUCCAGCAAAGUCUGCAGAAGAAAAGCCUGCUGAAAGCAAAAAGACUUACAACAGCAUCAGUAAGAUUGACAAAAUGUCCCGGAUAAUUUUUCCAGUGCUGUUUGGAACUUUUAACUUAGUUUAUUGGGCCACAUAUUUAAAUAGGGAGCCUGUUAUUAAAGGUGCCAAUUCUCCAAAAUAAACUGAAGGACUCUAAAGCCACAUGUGAGCCAUACUUACAAAGCAGAUGCUACCAAGGAAAAUUUGAGAUCCAUAUGACUUUCUACAUUUGGGCAAUAUUCUUCAGGAAGUUUUUUGCAUGUUUAAUAAUAUGUACAAAUAAUAUUGCCUUGAUUGUUUCUACAUGUAACCUCAGAUGUUUUGGAGAUGAUGACAUUACUUACAGCAACAGAUAUUUAUAAAAGUUCAGAAGACAUUGAACAUGGCUUCUUUGCUGCUGAGUAUCUUGCAUUGAUAGUUUACAAAUAAAAUAAGUUAUAUUUUUUAACUGUUCAAGUGUACUACAUAUCGUGGUUUUUAUACUUCAGAUGUACAGUCAUAGAAAUAUAGGCUUAACCUAUAUUUUAUGGAAGAGCUCCACUAUUGUCAUCUGAUAAGUUACUGAGUAACGCCAGUUGUAAAUGUGCCAAAUUAUUAAGUGUAGGGCUAUGUUUGAGCACCUUUACUGGUUAUAGGUAUUGCUUUACACCACAGGUAAAGCUGCUCAGCCCAAUAUUCAUUGGAAGCUAAUACAAUGCAGUAAAUCCUGAAGGGGCUAUGCUGAUUUUUACUGCUUGGGCCUCUGUUGGUGAGGUAAGACAGGGAGCAGGAUGCUACUCGUGUAAAUAAAGGUGAUGGAAUCUUGCCCUUAAAAGAAAAUAAGGAAUUUGUUUGGAUUUUGAAUUCCAAGGAAAUUUCUCAAGUCAUUCUCAGUAUUUAUUCCAAAAAUUAGAGAUAUAUUGCAUGGAAUUAAUAUAGAUUAGGAACAUAAUUGUGCAAGUAAAACUUCUAACAACAGCAGUAGACAUUUUUCGUUAGGGCAAAAUAAAUGAUGUUUGGACAUUUUCCCGAGGAAAAAGUUUGCUUUAGGUUAGCAGAGAUGAACAAUAAACAAUUGCAGUAAAUCUGCAAUAAUUAUUACUUGUUUCCCACAGCGAAAAAUAAUCAGCUAACACUAAGAAGUGUGUUCAGAAAAAAACAACGUGCUUUGUGACAGCAAGGUGUUUGUGACAAUACUGAAGAAAGGUCUUUGUACUGUCCAUCUGAGACUUUUUUCUAUAAAACGCCUUGCUGCUGCCGAUGUGUUUUGCUUUCACAAUGAACAAGAACAUGCAGUCUGAUUUUUCAGCUCUUUCCUCCUUGGCAUCCUUUCCUUGUUCCAGAAGCUUUUGUAAUUUAAUCUUAAUGUUUAAAUAAAAAACACAUUCAAUA